UAGAAGUGUAUUGUAAACACUCAUUGUCAUUCAUCUAUUUCACGACAAACUCUCUCUUCUAGCCAUAUUUCUUUCGAGAUCAAGCCCCUCUCUAUAAUUUCUACAUGGAUGAAAAUUGCACUAACCCUCGAAAGUUUUCAUACCAAACAUUGGCUUGCGCCACUAAUAAUUUCUCAGAGAAAGCCAAACUUGGGGAAGGAGCAACUGGUUCAGUUUUUAAGGGAUUCUUAAGGGAGUUGAGCUGCUUUGUGGGGGUGAAGAGGAUAGUAUUUGGUUCUAAAUAUGGCAUGGAGUCAUACCUGCCAGAAGUGAAGAUCUUAACUAAACUGAAGCAUGAAAAUUUGGUCAAUCUCAUUGGCUGGAGCUGCAACAAGAAAGAACUUCUCAUUGCUUACGAAUUUGUUGCAAACAAGACCUUGGAAUAUCAUCUUUUCAACGAAACAGUCUUCUUGACAUGGGGUCAAAGAAAGACCGUCGCUUGGGGCUUGGCUUCAGCACUGCUUUACUUACACGAAGAACGUGAGCAAUCUGUUCUCCAUUGUGAUAUCAAAUUAGACAACAUCCUGCUGGACUCAAAUUUCAGUCCCAAACUCUGUGAUUUUGGCCUGGCAAGACCUGUGGAACAUGAGCAAGAGUCAGGUUAUCCUACUGUUUUGACUGGGGCGCCAGGGUACCUUGCACCUGAGUGUAAGAAAAGUGGGAAGGCUUCGAAGGAAUCGGAUAUUUACAGCUUUGGCGUGGUGGUUUUGCAAAUGGCUUGCGGAAAGCCAGCUGUGGAACAAUUCCAAGAAAACGGGAUGAAAUUUGAGCUCAAGUUGGUGGAUUGGGUCUUGGAGAAAAUUGAAAGAGGAGAAAAUGCUUCUGCUGUUGCUGAUCCACGUUUAGGCCUCAGUUAUGAUGAGAAGGAGAUGGAACAAUUGAUUUUUGUUGGGCUUUCUUGUGCUAAUCCAAAUCCAUAUGAUCGCCCUUCUAUUUGGGAGGUCAUCAAAAUGUUAAAAUGUUGAAGACCAAUUGCCCCUAUCACCGGCAGUGAUGCCGGUCCCGCUGCUAGAUUUUGAUGAUUUUCAUGAUUUCUCUCUCUCUUUUUUAAUAGAAUAUGGUGAUGAAAAUUCUUAUGCCUACAUAAAACUUUGGAUCAA